UAGAUCAAGCAGCAGCGCACUCCACAAAGCAAGCACACGUUGUCACGUUGCUCGCAGCGUGAAGCGUUUCUCUCCAAUCGAGGGGCCGAAAUCUGUUUGGUUGUGCACCUUUCCAUAAUUGUUAGUCUCGAGGGAUGCGCCACUGAUAAGUAGCCAUUCAGCUCGAAGCGUUUAGCUCGGAUUGACGUGCUCUAAUAGCAGCCUGAUAGCAGCCUGAUAGCAGCCUGAUCACUGUACUGCCAACUACAGGGUGCGAACCUUUUCUGAAAAUUGAUGCUGUCGUACCUUCGUAGACCUACCUUCUGGUCGUUUAUCCACCUUAUACCGCUAACUUCUUUUCUAACCAUAGCUAGCCUGCGAUAAGUACCGUCUUCAAUAGCUAGAAGGUCCGUAGCCUACACAUCAGGAGCUUUGAGCCGAUUAGUUCAAUCAGGACAUUCUUACCUAACCCUAACAGGUGUUUUUUUAGCCGACUCGAUACGUAUUUUUAACCAUGGAGCCGCCAGGACAUCCGUACCUAACAUAUAGAGGCCGUUCGCGACCAGGAGACAUGAUCUCACAUUACGAUCGCAUACGAGACGAGCUCUUAUCGGGUCGGCCUAUAUCGGAACCGAGCGAAACGCACAGCCGGAAAAAGCGGCCCAGAACUCUAGCCUCCGACGGCCUUCCGCUCCCUCUCUGGCUGACUAAUGUCAUCUUCGUUAUAACGUUCGUUCUUUCUAGCUGCUACCUCCUCCGUCGCUGGCGCGAGAAAUUAGACUUGUCGGAAAAACUUCACAUUCUACUAUGGCGGGACUUAGCGGCGGUCACACUCGCGAUUUGUUCGUUCAUUUACUUAAUCGGCUUCUUGGGAAUCGGGUACGUACAAGCGAUCGUUGAGCAGAGCGUUCUAUCAGACGAGGAGCAGGAGGAGGAAGAGGAGGACGAUGAGGAGGAGGAGGAGGAGGAGGAGGAGGAAGGGGAGGAGGAGUCUAGAAGAUUUCAUCAUAACCACCACCAGCCGGAGCAGGCUAAGAAGCCUGACAGCAUCUGCCACCACGACGCUCCCUCCUUUAAGACCUAUCUCCCACCUUCGUCGUUAGAGCCCGAAUGUGCUUCUAAAGCGGCUCCGGUUCCCUCCACUGCAGCCCCUUCCGCUAGUAUCCCUUCCGCUACAAUCACGCCGAACACCAGCACCGAAAGCCUGAAGACCUUCGUGUUCAAGUCCGACAGCUCGUCCUCGCUACUAGACGUCCCGCUACAAGACCUCCCGGACGACGACAUCGCGCACGCCGUCGCGCGCGGCGCCAUUCCCAUGCACUCGCUCGAGGUGCAACUCGGCAACACCCUCCGCGCCGCCGCGGUUCGGCGCCGCGCCGUGGAGAUUAAAACCGGCCGGUCCCUAUCCGGCCUCCCCCUCGAGAACUACGACUACGACGCGAUCCGCGGCGCGUGCUGCGAGAUGGUGAUCGGGCACGUGGCGGUGCCGGUGGGCGUAGCGGGGCCGCUGCGGCUGGACGGGGCAGACGUGUUUGUCCCCAUGGCCACCACCGAGGGCUGCCUCAUUGCCAGCACCAACCGCGGCUGCAAGGCCCUCUGCGCCGCCGGCGGAGCGCGCAGCGUGGUGCUGCGCGACGGCAUGACGCGCGCGCCCGCCGUGCAGCUGCCGUCGGCGCUGCGCGCGGCGGAGCUGAAGGCGUUCGCGGAGAGUCCGGAGAACUGGGACAUGCUGGCGGACGCGUUCAACAGCAGCAGCAGGUUCGCGCGGCUGCAGAGCAUCAGCGUGGCAGUCGCGGGGCGCACGGCGUUCGUGCGCGUGGAGAGCAGCACGGGCGACGCGAUGGGGAUGAACAUGGUGUCCAAGGGCACGCGCAACGUGCUCGGCGCGCUGCUGGGCGCGUUCCCGGACCUGCGCGUGGUGAGCAUGUCGGGCAACUACUGUGCCGACAAGAAGCCCACCGCCGUCAACUGGAUCCACGGCCGGGGGAAGUCCGUCGUCUGCGAAGCCACGAUUCCGGGCCACGUGGUGCGGUCGGUGCUCAAGACGUCAGUGGAGGCCCUGGUCGAGCUGAACACGACCAAGAACCUGGUGGGGUCGGCGGUGGCGGGCGCAGUGGGCGGGAGCAACGCGCACGCGGCCAACAUGGUGGCGGCGGUGUUUCUGGCCACGGGGCAGGACCCCGCACAGGUGGUGGAGAGCUCGCACUGCCUCACGCUGCUGGAGCCCGCCAAUGGCGGCGCCGACCUGCACGCCUCCGUCACCAUGCCGUGCAUCGAGGUCGGCACUGUGGGCGGCGGCACCUUCCUAGCGCCGCAGGCGGCAGCGCUGUCUCUGCUAGGAGUAAGGGGCGCGCACCCGUUGCAGCCGGGGGCGAAUGCGCAGCAGCUGGCGCGGGUGGUGGCGGCAGCAGUGCUUGCAGGGGAGCUUUCCCUCUGCUCCGCCCUCGCCUCGGGGGACCUCGUUAACGCUCACCUCAAGUACAACCGAUCCACGGUCAAUGCUGCGGGGGCUGCUGCUGCUGCUGCUGCUGUAGAUGCUGCUGCUGCUGCUGCUGAUGCUGCUGCAUCUGCUGUGGCUGCUCCUAAUGCGUCGUCGGGUGCUGCUGUUUUCAGGGCUGUUGCGAGUGAUUCAGAGCAGAGUGACUGCAGUGAGGGUAGCUCUAGCGGGGGUAGCAUUGGGUCCCUGGAGGGACUUUGUAUGGCAGAUAAGUGCUGAGCUGCUGCUGCUGCUGCAGCUGCCUCUGGGGUUGGUGGUGUGGGUGGGUGUGCUGCGACUUUCAUUGCGAGUAAGAGUGGGUCUACAGGGGGAAGCAGCGGUUUCCUGGAAGGGGCCUGCAUGCCGCACAAGUGCGGAGCUUUGGGUAGUUGCUGCGGUGGUGAUGGUUGUGGUGCGGUACCAUGUGCGGCUGCUGAUCCUGAUGGGGUUCUUGCAGCGUCUCCUUUGCUGACAUGAUCUGGAAGGAGUUUGCAUGGCACGCAAGUGCAGCGCUUGGGUAGUGGCAGCGGUGGUGAUGGUUGCAGUGCAGUGCUAGGCGCUGCUGCUGCUGAUCCUGAUGGUUCUGACUGCAUCUCCUUUGCUGAUGUGACAUCUGAUGCAGCCACCGCUGAUCAAGGAGGAGGGCAGCUUGGGCUUUAAGGGGGGAAGCUGCAGCAGCACGAGCAUCCCUUGCUUGUCAAGUCAGGCUCCAAGCCGUGCUUGCUGUGCCACAUUCACCACGAAGCAUCAAGUGCUUCAAGAAGGUGGCUUGAUCCAAGCAAACAGCCAAUGCACGUUCAACAGGAGGGAAGAGCUGGAGGUGAGAUCUUGCUGAGCUGGAGGGUGAGAUCUUGCUGAGCUGGAGGGUGAGAUCUUGCUGAGCUGGAGGGUGAGAUCUUGCUUAGCUGGAGGGUGAGAUUGUGCUUAGCUGGAGGGUGAGAUCUUGCUUUGCUGGAGGGUGAGAUCUUGCUGAGCUGGUGGGGAAGAGAUCCGAUGGUGCCGGUAGGUGUCUUAGGAUUCGUCAGAGCCUCGUCCGCAUCAUCACCGUGCGGUGUGGCAGCAUAUGCACGCACCCCAGCUACAGGUCGCACACUGACAUCUGACUGGCACUAUUGUGCCAUGAGCCCGAGGCACCAUGCAUUGCUGGAUGGUGCUAAUCUCUGUUACCUCUGCUUUGGUGGGCUGAGGCGUGUCUGCGGUGUGCCUGUAUUGCGUGACUCUCCGUUAGUCCCUUGAGUCGGGACUCCAGGAGAGACUUUUUCAGCUCCCGAACUCACAGCCCUAAGGCUGUUAGCCCUUGAGUUGUAGUCCUAGAGGCUGUAGCUUGCUUUGUAGGUUGGUUUGCAUUGUAGGUGCCUGACAGCUGACCUGCCUUAGGCGGCAUCUGUGGCAUUUAGCAUGGUAGGCACUGUGACUUAGACAUUUUCUGUAUAUGCUAUAGGCUAGGCAGUCUGUCAUGCUGGCUUGUAGGUUUCUAUGCCCAC